AUGGGCCAUCAGGAUUGGCUGUGUGAUAGGGCAAUUUUGGCGCAGACUAAUCCGAUAGUUAACAUUGAUAUAGGAUCGGCAUUUGGUAUUCUAGUAAACUUAGUAGCAUUUGUUUUUAUAAUAUUUGGUAAUAAAGUGAAAAGUGCCAAACAAAAAUUACUUCUCACAAUAUUGACUCUGAAUAACGCAGCUGCUUUGAUUGCUCUGCUUUGUGCACAAUUAUUGUAUCAAUUAAGCCCUUCAGCAUCUAAAAGUCGAUAUUACUGCGCAUUAUACGUUGUCGGUCGUAUGUUUGGCAUAAAUGGAGGUUGCACUGACGUUGUCAUAGCGAUAGACCGCUUUUUCGCGAUAAGAAACCCGAUUUUAUAUUUCCACCGAAUUACAACAUCUACGAUCCGAAAACUGCUAGGUACAAUACUUUUGCUGGCUUCUUUAUUCACUUUGGCCCCUGUAAUGGGUCUAGGUGCAUACUACAACGCAGAAAAGGAGAGUUGUAUAAGUUUCAACGGUGCUACAAAUGAUUUAGACUACGCGUAUGGUAUAGCAUUUGUCAUUUUUGGUUUUUCAAUAUGCAUAACCCUAGUGUUAUGUAACAUAGGUGUAGUUACAACAUUAUCUAAAUAUACCCUAAGUAAGAAAAGUAUGAAAUCGGAUGAGAAACAGGAGGUGGUGUUCAGCAAACUUAUUGUGGCCAUAUCCAUUAUAUUUAUUAUAUGUUGGUUACCGCAUUUGAUCACAGAUGCCCUGUACCUGGCACUUGAAGAUAUUACCUCAAAGAGUUUAUGGAAUUUCAAAAAAUUCGCCAAUCUGUUAAUUCUAUUAAAUUUUAUAUUAAGUCCUAUUAUUCAAAUGUUUAUGCUGAAAUGA